UGCGUGUUCUUUAGUGCGUGCUUACCGGGAGAGGGAAGCUGAGAAUCAAUCCAACCAAAAUGGCCACCCUUUCCGCUUGUGCUUCACCUCCCUGGCCAAACCCUAACCCUAAUCCCAAUUCAAAUCCAAACCCUAAUUUUCACCCCGACCAAUCUCAAACCCUCGACUUUGAUUCCCUAAUGCCUCCUCAACCUCAAACCCCACCCCACCACGACCCCUCUGCUUCGCCGGAACCUUCCCCUGCUCCGCUGGCCCCGUCAUCGCUCCUUCAACUCUCCUUCAACCAAGACCAGGCUUGCUUCGCCGCCGCCACUGACAACGGCUUCCGCAUCUACAACUGUGAUCCGUUUCGGGAGCUCUUCCGGCGAGAGUUCGAUGGCGGUGGGAUCGGCCACGUGGAGAUGCUGUUCCGCUGUAACAUUUUGGCUCUCGUCGGUGGUGGGUCCAACCCUCAGUACCCUCCCAACAAGGUCAUGAUCUGGGACGAUCAUCAGGGCAAGUGCAUCGGUGAGUUGUCAUUCCGCGCCGCCGUUCGUGGUGUCCGUCUCCGACGGGACCGGAUAAUCGUCGUGGUGGAGCAGAAGAUAUUCGUGUACAACUUCGCGGACCUUAAGCUGAUGCACCAAAUUGAGACCGUUGCGAACCCUAAGGGACUUUGUGCAGUUUCGCAUCUGUCUGAUUCUCUCGUGCUCGCGUGCCCGGGUUUGCAUAAGGGUCAGAUUCGCAUUGAGAACUAUGCACAGAAGAAGACCAAGUUCAUUUCGGCCCAUGAUUCCAGAAUAGCUUGUUUUGCUCUCACGCUUGAUGGGCAGUUAAUCGCCACCGCCAGCACCAAGGGUACGCUGAUUCGGAUUUUUGAUACAGAUCAUGGCACGCUACUUCAGGAAGUAAGAAGGGGUGCAAAUGCAGCGGAGAUCUUUAGUUUGGCAUUCUCUUCUACUGCUCAGUGGUUAGCAGUCUCAAGUGACAAGGGUACUGUCCAUGUUUUCAGCCUUAAGGUUAAUUCCAGUGUCCCUGAGCAUGAGAAGUCACAAAGCUCAUCCAAUUCUGAUGCUGCCAUUACCCCAUCUAGCUCAUCUCGCUCCUUUAUUAAAUUUAAAGGAGUGUUGCCCAAGUAUUUCAAUUCAGAGUGGUCAGUUGCUAAGUUUCACUUAAACGAGGGCUCUCAUUACAUAGUGGCAUUUGGUCUCCAAAAGAAUACAGUCAUAAUUAUUGGCAUGGAUGGAAGCUUCUACCGAUGCGAAUUUGAUCCGGGGCAUGGAGGGGAGAUGACUCAGCUGGAACAUUAUAACUUUUUAAAGCCGGACACAGCCUUGUGAAACGCCAAGACAUGAAAUCCUGUAGCGGUUGGCGUUUUAGAUUUUAGAUAGAAUUGUCAACACUGACACCCCAUUAAGUCCGGGUCGACCUUCUUGCUUCCAUUGUAAAUUACAUAUAGUUUACUAAUUUGUUAAUAAUAAUGUUGAGAGCUGUGGUAAAGUAUGAAAUCUCUUUCCUAGUCCCGGUUGUGUAUUUGUAUUGUCGUAUGUGCACGAGAGCUGUGGCAUUGUAUAUAUCGUUACCAGUAUUUUCCAUCGAUUGAAAAUGAAAAUAUUGAAACUUUUGGAAAUACAA